AGUACCUCUGAGGAAAAGCAGCCAUCAGGUGACAGCGAGCAGAACUAUUGACACCGUGAUUUUGUUGGGCUUUCUGACUGCAUUCCAAAGUCCCGGAAAACAUCACAGGCACCAGCUAUGAAGCUGGUAUCUAUCUUUCUGCUGGUGACCAUUGGUAUUUGUGGUUAUUCUGCCACUGCCCUUCUCAUCAACCGUCUCCCUGUUGUUGACAAAUUACCUGUACCUUUGGACGACAUUAUUCCCUCAUUUGAUCCCUUGAAGAUGCUUCUGAAAACCCUGGGCAUUUCUGUAGAACAUCUGGUGACAGGACUGAAGAAGUGUGUGGACGAGCUGGGACCAGAGGCUUCCGAGGCCGUGAAGAAGCUUCUGGUAAUUAUAAUUUGUUCUUAUUUCCCUGGGAGAAGCCUUUGCUACGUGAACAACCUCCCAUCAUUUGAGGCUCUUUCACACCUGGUAUAAAAUCUUCAUAAAGAGAUUUAAGGAAGGAGUAUGAAAAGAAGGAUUUGCUCACUCUGGCUGGCUGGAUCUCUCAUUCUAUCAUUUGUAAACUGAAUGUCCCAGAGUUUAAGGAGUCUAGAAAAGUAUGAAUAAAGCAAUGAAAAGA